AGGAGGAAAGAGCGAGGGAGGGACGGAGGGGGAAAAUUUAAACCUGCAGGCGACGAACUCCGGGCUCGAACCCUUCCUGGUUUCGGAAUCUGGGGAUCAGAAAGGGCGGGGCUGCGCCGAGCUUUCCCCAAGUUUUCGGCUGCUGCAUAGAAGUCAUUGGAGGAGCUCGACGCUGGGGCAGAUUGCAUUCCUGCAACACCCGAGAGGGGAGCUGAUCGCAGCGGCCCAACGUCUCUAGCCUCGCCGCCAUGGGGGAGGACGGAGUGCAAGCGGAGAAGAGCAGCGCCUACGUUUCCCCCAACUCCGAUGGGCCUCUGGAUGCCAGCAAUCCCAGCCCGGUGCCCUCGGGCAGCCGCAGCCCCAGCUUGCUGCCGUCAGGGCCGGGCGAGGCGAUUCGGGACAGCUCGCAAGUCAACGCCAUCACGGUGCUAACUCUCCUGGACAAGCUGGUGAACAUGCUGGACUCGGUGCAGGAGAAGCAGCAGAAGAUGGAGCAGCGGCAGAUCGACCUGGAGGGCUCGGUCAAGGGCAUCCAGAGCGACCUGAGCAAGCUGUGCAAGAACCACACGUCCACCAGCAACACGGUGGCCAAGCUGCUGGAGAAGUCGCGCAAGGUCAGCGCCAACACGCGCGACGUGCGCGACCGCAUGGACCGCCAGUGCGCCCAGGUGAAGCGCUUGGAGCACAACCACGCGCAGCUCUUGCGCCGCAACCACUUCAAGGUGCUCAUCUUCCAGGAAGAAAAUGAAAUCCCUGCCAGCGUAUUUGUGAAAGAACCUGUUCCCAGUAUUACUGAUGGGAAGGAAGAGCCUGUCGAUGAGAACAAAACCUUGGAAGAAACCUUGCACACCGUGGAGUUAUCCUCAGAGGAUGAGCUGCCCCACGAUGACCUUGCAGAAGACAGCAUGGAUGAGAAAAUGGAGGAGACCAGAGCUGAGAAAAUCAAGAGAUCGAGCCUUAAAAAGGUCGACAGCCUGAAGAAAGCAUUUUCCCGCCAAAACUUUGAAAAGAAGAUGAACAAGAUUGUCUCGCCUGAACGGAGAGAGAAGAUCAAGAAGUCUUUUACCCCUAACCAUCAGAAGUCUUCUUCAUCCAAAAGCUCGUCUUUCAAGGUCUCUCCCCUGACAUUCAACGUGAAGAAAGUCCGUGACGGAGACACAUCUAUAGAAGUAGAAGAUAAGCUAGUGGAAGCGACUGGCAGUGAGCACGCAGCCGGUGAAGAGAUCCCCUUCACUUCAGAUCCAGUCCCUUCUUCUUCUCCAAUGGAAGAAGGAAAAGCCUUUGCUGAUUCCUUGGAAAAAGAGUCAGGAAGUGAAGGAGAGGUGGUGAUCAACAACAACAUUGAGCUUGCAAUUGUUGAAGAAAAUGAUGACUAUAGAGCUUCGUUAGAAAUCAGACAAGAACUUUAUGAGGAAAGAAACAAGCCAACCAGUGAAGAAGUUGAAUAUUCUGAAGAAUCCAAUCAAGCAGCUGUCCUUCACGUAAACCAAACCGCGUAAAUUGCCUGUGUCCUUUCUACGAAUGAUAUUUUUUAAUUAUAUCAGUCACCAGAAUAUGUCUGGUAUGCUAUAAAUGUGGGGUCUAAUAGUGCAUCACAGUGGAAUUGUUGGUUUUAAAGCGUAGAUUUCCUUACAAAAACUGUUCACUCAAUUAGAAUUGACUCCCACAGUCAAAAGUAGGGCUGUUCUCCAAAUAACACAAAAGCAGAUUUCUUGGCCGCUUUAACCUCUUUCCAUCACCACUUCAAACCUCUUCUUACUUUCUAAAUGUUUCUUCACUCUACCUAGAAUGGGUUUAAAAGAAGUGUUCAAGACAGUUAGGCCGUUUGAUAAAAGGCGUUACCUACACAGUCUCUUUUAAAUUGUAGUUAAGAAUAUAAGCAGUUCCCUGCUAGAUUAGAUCUCUUUUGCCCCAUCUAGUUCAGCCGAAUGUCUGGCCAACCUACUUCACAAGGAAGCUCAUUUGUCUGUUCGUCUCCCAACAGAUUCAGGGAGGUCCCACUGCCAUCAAUUCUUUGAUCCCCAAGACUUUCAUGAAUUGAUCCACCCUUUUUUUUUUUAAGCCAGUACCACAUCUCAUGGUACUGAAUUCCAAAAUGUAAUUACGGGUUGUGUAAAAAAAAAAAAAGGUCAUUCGGUCAAUCCUGAUUCUUCCAAUGUAUUCAAUUUUGUUCUAGUGUUUUGGGAAGAGGAAAAUAGCUUGUCCACUUUAUCUAUGCCAUGCAUAAUUUCAUUGUUAAAGAUUUAUUGAAGAUUUGGAUAGAUCCAUGACCCUCAUCCCCAUCUGCAAUCAGCUCUCAGUGGGGAAGGCAUGGCUAUUAAAUGGUGCAAACAUGGUCUUAUUUUUUUCAAAUACAGAUCCCAUGUUUUCUUCAAUCUAGACUGUGGGCCUGCAUUGAAAAGACAGUUUCUCUCACUUUCGGAGGGAACUGUAAAAUCCAUUACAGUAUCCUCUUUGCCUGCUAACUUUCCCCUAUUAACUGCUUUUUAAGUUACAAUCCAAUUAUAAGCUAAACUCUUUCGCACCUAUGCAAUUCAUCGCCUUUUCCUAACCUAUGGAAUCCUCAAAGUUUGUAAUUUCCCUUCUUGAUGUGCUGUGACUAUCCUAGCACAAAGUAAGGGUGAACUUCCUGUCACAAGAGCUGAUACUAAAAAUGCAGGCGUGAAUUACUGAGAAGUACAGCUUUUGACAGUAUACUUAUACACAUUAUGUGCAGAUGCACUGGAAAAGAUAUUUUUAGCAUAUACAAUUGAUUUGAGAAACAAAUUACUGUGAGGAGGCUGCACCUCAACAAAAAUGAAAAUGGGAUUUUUGCUUCCUUAUCGCUGUUCGGUCCCUUAGUUAAUUAAUAACUGUUGAUACAGAACAAUUAGGCAGUUGAGUUUUCUGUCUCAUAGUGCCUGCAUCAUUUUGUUUUAUUGAUGUUGAGAAUAUUCCUUCAUCCACCAGCUCCUUGCAAAAC